AUGGUAAGUGAUCGUCGGCGACAAAAGAAAAACAACCAACUAAUCGCAAACAGUGAUGACACCUCCGUAGCCAUCGUGGAGAAAACCAAGACAGCCACCGGAAACGCCGCAAAGAUCCAUUUCCUCGAGAAUGUCACCGCCGACACGCGCGCGCACCGUGGAAUCCACCCUAUCAUCGCCCUCGAAUCUCACCAAGAGAGCCUCGGAACACUUGUACAGAAAGCCUUGAACUACCUCCCGCCGUCACAAACAGCAAAUGGCUUCAAACUGGCAGACGGGUCCCAUCGCCACCUUCCCGAUUUCGUAUCCGCGACGAGGGGUCCUGGAAUGCGAUCUAACCUGUCCGUGGGCCUUGAGACGGGGAAAGCGCUGGCAGUGGCAUGGCAGGUCCCCAUGGUCGGCGUGCAUCACAUGCAGGCGCAUUUGUUGACGCCCCGUCUGGUCUCAUGUUUGGAGAACAACUCCAAUCCCGACCCCCCGGCCGUGCCGCCCGAACUUCCAUUUCUAUCGAUUCUCGUCUCCGGAGGCCAUUCCAUUCUGGUCCAGUCCAAACGCCUAACAGAACAUAAGAUUUUGGCUGCAAGCGAAGAUAUCGCGAUUGGAGAGGCUCUGGACAAAUCUGCGCGCGAUAUUAUACCUGCUGAUUUGCUCCAGAAUGCUAAGAGCACUAUGUAUGGCAAGACGCUGGAGAAGUUCGUCUUUCCAAAUGGUGAGGCAGACUUCGCCGAUUACAAACCUCCGGCGACCCGGGGCGACGAAUUGGCUAAGCGUGAGAGCAAGUGGGGGUGGUAUGUCACCACUCCCUUUGCGAACACACGGACGCUCCAAUUCAGCUUCUCUUCGGUAUCGAGCAUGGUUGGCAAGAUUGUUGCUAGGAGGAGCGCUGAGGGCGAAAUCUCUUAUGACGAACGUGUUGAUCUGGGUCGUGAAGUCAUGCGUGUCGCUUUUGAGCAUCUUGCGUCGCGAACGAUCAUUGCUCUCGAGAUGCUGAGGCCUCACAACAAGGGCAAGGACAAGAUACAGACCCUAGUAGUCAGCGGCGGUGUUGCGGCCAACCGAUUCCUCAUGAAGGUGCUCCGGUCGUUCUUGGAUGUGCGUGGCUUCGAAGACAUCAAGAUCGUUGCGCCACCACCGUAUCUGUGUACCGACAAUGCAGCGAUGAUCGGCUGGGCUGGGAUUGAGAUGUAUGAGGCUGGAUGGAAGUCCAGUCUCAGCUGCCGCCCUCUGCGGAAGUGGUCGCUCGAUCCACAAGCUGACGAUGGAGGAAUCCUCGGCCCUGGAGGCUGGGUUCGAGAGUGA